AGCCCCCGGCCCCGUGACCCGCCGGCGAGGCCGAGGGCACAGGGGGGACGACGACGGAGGACAAGAAGCGGCCGCCCGACGAUCCACUCCGCCGUGAUUCCGUGGUAUUCCAGAAGAGUGCUGUCCUCGGGGCUGUCAUUGCUAUGGUACAGAAGAUUUAAAAUCAGCUGAUGUUCACAAGGAAUAGAGUCACGUGAUGUAUGAGGGGAAACACAUACACUUCUCUGAGGUUGACAAUAAGCCCUUGUGCUCCUACAGCCCCAAACUGUGCAAGCAGCGGCGACUCAACGGCUACGCCUUCUGCAUCCGCCACGUUCUGGAGGACAAGACUGCUCCCUUCAAGCAAUGUGAAUAUGUGGCCAAGUACAACAGCCAACGCUGCACCAACCCAAUCCCCAAGUCGGAGGAUCGGAGGUACUGCAACAGCCACCUGCAGGUACUUGGCUUUAUCCCGAAAAAAGAGAGGAAGAAAAAGAAUGACCCAAUAGAGGAGGUGAAGGUCCGCCACCAGAUGGAUACGAUGGCCUUCAGCCUCACGGUGCCCACGCUGGCCUUGAAGAUGCCCAACGGGCUGGAUGGGAUGUCCCUCUCCCCUCCGGGGGCCCGGGUCCCGCUCCACUACCUGGAGACGGAACUGGAAGACCCGUUCGCCUUCAACGAGGAGGACGACGACCUGAAGAAAGGGGCCACCGUGAGGAAGAAGUUGCAGAGCAAGCUGGCCCAGAACCGGCAGCGCCAGAGAGAGACAGAGAUUUUAAAAGUUCGCCAAGAGCACUUUAGCCCCCCUCCUGCACCUUUGCAGCCGCAGCCGCAGCCUCUGCAGCAGCCGCCGCCGCCGCCACCGCCGCCGCCGCCGCCGCCGCCGCGGCGCUCCCACCUGCCACCUUUACCCGCUAGCUUAAAGCCUCCGGGGCCGCCGCAGGGCUCAGUCUGUAAGUCGCCUCAACCUCCGAACACCAGCCUACCAAUGCAGGGAGUGGCCCUAACCACACAUACUAUAGCACAAGCCCGGCAGUUGUCCCACAAGCGAUCUCUGCCCUUCCUGCCACCCGGUAGGGCUCCUGUGACGGACCUGCCCAGGACUGACCGGGUCUCCAUGAAAGCCACAGCCUUCUCGCCACACUCAUCCGGCCUGAGUCGGCUGCAGAGACUGGUGAAACUGUGCACUCGCAAACAGCAGCUGGACACCGAUCUGUUUCCUCACUUAGGGCUGGAUUGGUCUGAAGAUAGUGGAGAGGAACUGGAGGAUUCAGAGCAAGCCUCGCCAUACCAGGUUGCAUGGUCAAUCCGAGAAACCCUUAGAUACGAAAGACAUGAGUCAGAUGACGACGACACGGAUGACAGGAGUUCCAGGGUGACCCAACUUUGCACUUACUUUCAGCAGAAAUAUAAGCACCUCUGCCGCCUGGAGCGGGCAGAAUCCCGUCAGAAAAAAUGCCGGCACACGUUUCGGAAAGCCUUGCUGCAGGCGGCCAGCAGAGAACCGGAAUGCACCGGGCAGUUGAUACAGGAACUUCGAAGAGCCGCUUGCACUCGGACCAGCACAAACCAGGCCAAGCUGAAGGAAGCAGAACCAGCCCCAUGUAGUGGGACGGUGAAGGGUGAACAGUGCACCAACAAGGCCCUUCCAUUCACCAGGCAUUGCUUUCAGCAUAUCCUCUUGAAUCGCUCUCAGCAGCUCUUUUCAAGUUGCACGGCCAAGUUUGCAGACGGGCAGCAGUGCUCUGUGCCAGUUUUUGACAUCACCCAUCAGACACCUCUGUGUGAAGAACAUGCCAAAAAAAUGGAUAAUUUCCUAAGAGGAGACAGCUCCCGAAAAGUUCAGCACCAGCAGCAGAGGAAACCCAGGAAAAAAACGAAGCCUCCUGCACUUACCAAAAAACACAAGAAGAAGAGAAGGCGGGGACCACGUCGGCCACAGAAACCCAUUCCUCCUGCGGUGCCCCAAGGGAACCUCAGCAUGCCCACCAGCGUCUCACUGCCAGUGGAGAUCGUCCGGAUACGGAGCCCCUCCACACCGGAGCUGAGUACAGACGAGCUGCCCGAUGACAUUGCCAAUGAGAUCUCAGACAUUCCACAUGACUUGGAAUUAAAUCAGGAAGACUUUUCCGACGUCCUGCCCCGGCUGCCUGAUGACUUACAAGACUUUGAUUUCUUCGAAGGUAAGAACGGCGACCUCCUCCCCACCACCGAAGAGGCCGAGGAACUAGAACGGGCCCUGCAGGCCGUCACUUCUCUCGAGUGCCUGAGUACCAUUGGGGUACUCACCCAGUCAGACGGUGUGUCAGACAGAGGGAUAGGGGUGUUCUCCCCAGGCGCCGGAGCUCCAGGAAUGCAGUCGUUGAGCCGAGAAGUGAACGCCGACCUAGGGGAGCUGUUGAAUGGGCGUAUAGUGCAGGAUAACUUUUCCAGCCUCGAGCUGGAUGAGAAUCUGCUCCGUUCGGCGACCUUGUCCAAUCCACCUACGCCCUUGGCCGGGCCGAUCCAGGGGCAGUUCUCCGCCCCAGCCAACGUUGGCCUUACUUCUGCCACUCUGAUGAGCCAGAGUGCGCUUGGGGAGAGAGCCUUCCCAGGACAGUUUCACGGACUUCACGAUGGCAGCCAUGCCUCCCAGAGGCCCCUCCCUGCCCAGCUGCUGAGCAAGGCAGAAGACCUAAUCACCUCACGACAGCAAUACAGCAGUGAUCAUUCACACUCCUCGCCCCACGGAAGCCAUUACGACAGCGAGCAUGUGCCGUCUCCCUACAGCGACCAUAUCACGUCCCCCCACACCACACCCUUCUCUGGCGAUAACAUGGCAGCUACCUUCUCAGCAGACAUGCCCAUCAUGGCACAGCACUUGCUCCCGACCCAACUGGAGGGGCCGCUGGGCGGAGUGGUGAAUCCCAGAACUCACUGGGGGAAUCUCCCCGUCAACCUCGGGGACCCUUCUCCGUUUAGCAACCUUCUGGGCGCAGAUGGACACCUCCUUUCCACCUCCCUGUCCACGCCGCCCACCACCUCGCACUCAGAGACCACCCAGCCGGCCUUCGCCACUGUGACCCCCAACAGCUCCAGCGUGCUUCCGGGGUUACCCCAGACCAGUUUCAGUGGCAUGGGCCCCUCCUCUGCUGAACUCGUGGCCUCCACCUCUCCCAAGCAACAGCUCCCUCAGUUCAGCGCUGCCUUCGGCCACCAGCUAAGCUCUCACAGCGGCAUUCCGAAGGACCUGCAGCCCAGCCACAGCUCCAUUGCCCCUCCGACAGGCUUCGCAGUAACAGGUGCCACAGCUACCAGUACCAAUAAUGCAUCUUCUCCCUUCACCCCCCCCAACUGA